AUGGUCCGCCUCUCUCUCCCGUUCACCGCUGCAGCCACGCUGUUUGCGAGCAGCAUGGCACUCUGCAGCUCGAAGAACGGGCUCGUCCAGAUGUUGACCCACGUCAAAAGACACCCCAACUUCACGCAGACCGAAUUCUGGGACUACUGGUACAGCCAACAUGCACCCAAGGUCGCGCCACUGGCCGCGCACUUCAAUAUCACACGUUACCAACAGAUUCAAGUUGGCGGCCGGAUUCUCCCCACCGAGGCUGGCGCUACUGAGCCCGCCUCGAACGAAACCGUCGAGUUCGACGGUGUUGCACUGUUUCUCUACCGGGCCCCCGAGGACCUUGCUGCCAUGAUCUCCCAUCCGUACUACCUCGAGGUAGUCCUUCCCGACGAGCACGUUUUCAUCGACAAGACUGCGUUUGGUGGCGGUCAGGUUGCUACUUUCGUGGGCACUCAUGUUGAAGUCUUGGAUGAUCAGCGGGAUAUUUGGGUUGGAAACAAGGCAGACCGGGAGAAGUACCAGGCAGUCUUUGAUUCGUAUGAAAAGUAG